AUGCCGAAGAACGCGCAUCCACCACGCAGCAAGCCUGCAAAGAAGGCCCCUCCACCAGAAGACGACACCAGCUUCAUCGUCUUCGGCGAUGGCAAGCCCAAGAAGAAGAGAGGCGAAGGCUCCGCGCAGGGCGAGGACAAAAGCAAAGGCAAGGGCGUCGCUGGGCAGGCUGAAGAGGGUCCUAAGAAGCCAGACAUCAGGACUCUGAUUGCUGGAGCAUCAUGGACAGGCAAGCUACCCGUCAAUCUGUUCUCGGAGCACCUGCAGAAGCAGCAGUGGGGGAAGCCGGACUACAGGAUACGCAAAGAUGGCGACAAGCACUUUGCCUAUGCUGUGAUCCUGUCGAAGAAGCACCCAAAGACACAAGAAGUCACAACUCUGCCUCCAAUCAAAAUUCCUGCCGAGCUCGAAGAACCCGCGCACCAGCCCACCGCUAUCGAAGCGCGCAACUUUGCUGCCGCUUACGCUCUCUUCCGUGUUGCCAGCGCGAAGAACCUGCACAUGAUGCUGCCUCCCGUAUACAAGGACUUGUGGAAAGGGACAUUUGCCGAACUCAAGAAGCGAGAUGAGAAGGAAGGCAAAGCUUGGAUGUACGAGGCAGAUCCUUUCUUCGGCUUCGCUGAACGCGAGAAAGCAAAGGCAACUGCUGCGAAAGAGCGAGAAAAGAAGCAGAAGCAGCGAGACGACGCCCAAAAGGCACACAACCUGAAGCCUGGCAUGUCUAUGCCGAGCGCCGAGGGCUCAUGGAUAGGGCCUGCGAAGAACUUGAUGAGAGGCUGGGAGCGCGUACCCAAGAUUGAGCUGGGUAAGAGGACAAGGCAGCAGGUCGAGCGCCUCAUCCGUCGUGACGCUCUCUGGAACCCCAAUGGCGUUCAGAUGGACGUGAACACCAGGAUACGGCUCGAGGACGAGAUCACAGAUUUGGGUUUCCGUCGAAGUCACGUAGAGGAAGCUGCCGACAUUUGCAAGGAUCGAGAAGAGAUCCUCGAAUGGCUUCUGAUCCAUGUUCCAGAGGACGAUCUACCGUCCUGGAGUUUACCUGAAGGCUACGUGGCCGGCGUUAGCAUGGCCAGCUCAAACCUCAAGCGAGAGGGGGCUGUAAAGCGCCUCGCGGCAGCAGGAUACUCCAUCGAACUAUGCGAGGAGGCCUACGACAUCCAGGGCGGAGACGAAAGGAGAGCAGCAGCAUUGCUCCAGGCCCGUCUUCUACGACCAGAUGAUGACGACAAAGAUAUUGCGCAGGAACUGGCAGAUCUUGCCAUCGCAGACGAGCCAGAUGUCCUGCCUGAAGAUGACCCUUGGGAAACCGAGAUGUCCUCCUUGGAAGCGAUCUACGACAAACUCUUUUCCAGGCCUUCGCCCACGAUGUGCCGCGUUGAGCUUGACAUCAAACAGCAAGGGAAGCGCCUCAUCCUGCAAGCCAGAAAACCGUUUGGACCCUACCCAGCCGUUGCUCCUAUCGUUACUUUCGAGGCAGCUAUCCCUGCUUACAUCCGGCUCAGCAUCAUAAGAAAGGCGCUACUACAUGCGGAGGAAAAUUUCAUUGGCAUGCCUAUGAUCUACGACAUCAUAGACUGGGUGCAACAGAAUGCAGGCGAGAUUUUCAAGAACCCCGGUCGACUAGCCGACGUAUCGUCUGGUCUCGCCGCAGCAGAUCAUUCAGUGGAGCAGCAGAACCAAGCACGAAAGAGGAAAGACAGAGGUCGCAGGCCAAUUGAUUGGAAACCAGCAACACUUGCCAGCCAGCAGGUUCUUGCCGAUUGGCAGGCCAAGCAAGGCACGCCGGCGCAGCAAAAGAUGAUGAGUGCCCGACAGUCACUUCCCGCGUGGAGAUUGAGGGAUGAGAUUGUGCAAACAGUCAACAGAUGCAACGUAACUAUCAUCUCAGGUGAGACUGGGUCUGGCAAAUCGACCCAGUCAGUGCAGUUUGUCCUGGAUGACCUGAUACACAGACAGCUCGGUGCAGUCGCCAACAUCAUCUGCACCCAGCCACGAAGGAUCUCAGCCCUUGGUCUUGCUGAUCGUGUAGCCGACGAGAGGUGCGCUCGAGUUGGCGAUGAGAUUGGAUACACCAUUCGCGGAGAGUCGAAGCAAAAACCUGGCAUCACCAAGAUUACCUUCGUCACCACCGGUGUCCUUUUGAGACGACUUCAAACGUCGGGGGGAGGCGCUGACGACGUUGUUGCUGCCCUCGCCGACAUCAGCCACGUUGUCGUCGACGAAGUGCACGAGCGCAGCCUGGACACCGACUUCCUUCUCGUACUUCUUCGCCAGAUACUGCGCACCAGGAAAGACCUCAAGGUUAUCUUGAUGAGUGCGACGCUGGACGCUGAAGUCUUUGAGGCUUACUUUAGGGAAGUAGGGCCUGUAGGCCGUGUUGAAAUCGCUGGCCGCACACACCCUGUGACGGACUACUACGUUGACGAUGUCAUGCACUUGACAGGCUUCAGAGGCUAUGUUGGUGAUGACGACGAGUCCGAGAACAAGUCGUUCUCCGCCAAUUUGCGUAGCAUCGGCUUUGGUAUCAACUACGAUUUAAUUGCAGAAACGGUCGCAUACAUCGACCACCAACUUGGAGACAAGGACGGCGGAAUUUUGAUCUUUCUUCCCGGUACAAUGGAGAUUGACAGAACGAUACAAGCCUUGAGCAACUUCUCGAAUCUUCACGCCCUCCCACUGCAUGCUUCGCUUAUGCCUGCUGACCAGAAGCGCGUCUUUUCACUGCCUCCAGCGGGGAAGAGGAAGGUUAUUGCAGCAACCAACGUGGCAGAAACAUCUAUCACAAUCGAAGACAUCGUGGCUGUCAUCGACACUGGCCGUGUGAAAGAAACGAGCUAUGACCCUCAGAACAAUAUGGUCCGACUUGCCGAAACGUGGGCUUCACGAGCCGCUUGUAAGCAGCGUCGUGGUCGUGCUGGCCGUGUCCGCGCUGGCGACUGCUACAAGCUGUACACACGCAAUGCUGAGGCUAAGAUGUUGGAGCGUCCAGAUCCCGAAAUCAGGCGCGUUCCAUUGGAGCAAAUGUGUCUGUCUAUCAAGGCUAUGGGUGUACAGGACGUCUCAGGCUUCCUUGCUUCGGCUCUUACGCCACCCGAAAGCACCGCAGUCGAAGGCGCGGUCAAGCUGCUCUCGCAGAUGGGAGCCAUUACCGAUAACGAGCUCACUGCCCUUGGCCGGCACAUGUCUAUGAUUCCAGCUGACCUCCGAUUGAGCAAGCUUCUUGUCUACGGCGCGACAUUCGGCUGUCUUGAGGCCGCUCUCACUAUUGCAGCAGUGUUGACUGCUCGCAGUCCCUUCAUCUCACCCCGAGAGAGAGACCAAGAUACCAGGAACGAAUUUAACCGUAUCCGCGCAUCAUUCUCAGACAACCAAGGCGAUCUACUUGUCGACCUUCGAGCCUAUGAACAGUGGGCCGCAUUCCGCAGUAAAGGUGUUUCCGCCCGCGAUCUCAAAUUCUGGUGUCAAGACAACAAACUUAACCUCCAAACCAUGUUCGACAUCGCAUCCAACCGCUCGCAGUACCUCUCGUCCCUCAAAGAGAUCUCCUUCAUACCAUAUAACUACACCUCUACCAGCCCUUCAACACAAGGCGUGUAUAACGCCCAGAAUGGCAACGAUGCCUUGUUGCGUGCUCUUGUUGCUGGAUCCUUCAACCCGCAGAUUGCACGCAUUCAGCUACCAGACAAGAAGUUCGCAGCCGGUAUCGCCGGCGCUGUUGAGCUCGACCCCGAAGCCCGCGAAAUCAAGUACUUCAAUCAAGAUAACGGGCGCGUCUUCGUACACCCCAGCUCUACGCUUUUCUCCUCCCAGACCUUCCCAUCAAACGCCAGCUUUGUCGCGUACUUCAACAAAAUGGCGACAAGCAAAGUCUUUAUCAGGGACAUUACGCCGUUUAAUGCGUAUAGUCUGCUCAUGUUCGCUGGGCAGAUACAGGUUGACACUCUGGGGAGAGGAUUGGUGAUUGACGAGUGGAUAAGAUUGAGAGGAUGGGCAAGGAUUGGUGUACUGAUUUCAAGGUUGAGAGGAAUGUUGGACAGAGUAUUGCAGGGCAUGGUGAAGGAGCCCGGGAAGGGUAUGGGGGAGAGGGAAAGAGAUAUCGUGCAGGCUGUGAGGAGGCUGGUCGAGAGGGAUGGUCUGGAUGCUUAG